AUGUUCAUCAACGCCAUCGUCGCCGCAGCGAUUCUUGCAGCCUCUACCGUAACAGCAGCACCUUCUGCCUCUAUCGUUGCUAGACAAGGGAAAGGAACCAUCCAGUUGUGCCGCGAUGCUGGUUAUGUCGAUUGCUACGAUAUGACUUACGACCCAAACCAAUGCAGUAAGAUCCCCUCUCCCUCUUACCUUCUCAAAGUCGAAGCUUACAAGGUUAAAGCCAACAAUGACAAAAUUGACCGAUUCAACGAUUCCAUCACCUCUCUCGGCUUGAAAAAGAACACGUGCACGUUCUAUGCUGAUCCCGACUGCAACGGCGCAUCCUUCAGCAGUGGCGAAGAUGUUCCAGACAUUUCAAAAGUACUCACCGUUACUGCUCUUCUCGAUAAUAAGAUCUCCUCUUUCCAGUGCGGUGAUCUGCCAGCAUAG